AUGUGCGGAAAUCUGCGAAGUUUGGGACGCAUAAACUCAUUGGUACGACUGAAAUGGCCGUGCAAAUAUGAUCGCAUCAAUACCCGAAAUUUACGAUCCUUCCACGGCCUUCGGGGCUUCAACGGCCGCAGAGGGGGACUACCGCCGGUCAAAAUAGGCUCUACACUUUGGCGGUAUUUUAAUGCGCCCGGAAACGUCAUGUUUGUAACUACAAAUGUGGUUACUUUGGUGGGAAUUGUGUCUUACUCGACAUUGCAAACCAUGGCGCGCGAAAGAGCUCUCCAAGAUUAUGUGGAACAAAGCGGGCUAUCAGGUGAACCGGUGGUUGAAGAGGCACGCUCGAGUCACCAACAAGAAAGCCCGAUGGCAUCUUAUAAAGCAGGUAAAAUUAUGCUGCCAAAAAGUAGCCCACCACAAACAUGCCACAUGCAACACCUUAAGAUGUCUCUAUUUCAUUUGCUAUACAGCUAUCACAUCUAUUGUGACGUUGUCGCUCUAGAAGCACCCAGCGGGUCGAUUGAAUACAAUAAGGAGGUGGAGGAGCUGCGACGAGGGCAGAUGAUGGAAAAACACAAGGCGAGCAAAACGUCGCCGCAAGCAUUUUACAACGCUUGGAGCGACGAAUUUGAGCAUGAACUGAGAAAUCUAAACCGCUCGCAGCAGUUCCACAUGCCCAACUGGACUGCUUAUCCCAAGAGUCUCCAAAUCCUAUGCCGAACGCUAUAUGAGAAAGACAUGAAAACGAUGGCUGAUUUUAAGAAGUUUUACCGGAGCAUUGGCUCGGGGAAUCUACGUGCCAUAUUGCGCUCCUGGCUUUAUGAUAACUCGCGAUUUUUGCAAAUUGAAACAGAUUUCGACUCCGAAGCAUUCUACCGAGAUCUUAUCAGGUCUUGUCGCAGCGACAACUCGCUUUUCAAACUGUAUUCGUCCAUUCUGCUCAACUCCAGCAACCCAAGGCGUUAUGCAUUUUUCCAGAGUCAGGGCCAACGUCCUUUGACUGUUUCGCUCGAGACUAUUCUCGAGGUAAUGAAGGGCAAUCUGCUUGCAAGCACUGAUACGGAAUGCUACAACUCCAGUUUGCAGCUUAUCUCUAUGAUUCGAACUAAUUGCAUAGCUACACAGGGUGCCGGAGGCAAGAAAGAAGUACGCAUCAUUUUAUCGGACGAUGACUCGUCCAGUGACAUACCCGGAAAAAUGUCGAGCCAGGAAAAACAUGAGUGUUUGGAACUGGUUAGUCAAAACUCGGAAAUAAUCGCCAUUCUCGGUGCUCUCUCCAAGCUCCCGGGAUGA